AUGCCCCCAAAACGAGCUUGCGAUACUUGUAUCUCCCGCAAAGUCAAAUGCAACGGCUCCUGGCCCUGCAAUACCUGCCGGGAUGCGGCCAAGCGCAUUCCCUGUACGUACCUGAGGCCUGUGCACAAGAGAGGUCCGAAGGUUCGACGCGCAACUCGGAACUUGGAUUCUGACCUGCAGCGUGAAUCUCCGUUGAGUACGGGUCAGAGCGGGUCUGGCUUGGACGAUGUGCUGAAAUGUUCGGACGGGACGCGAGUCUCCCAAGGAUCGUGCGUGCCUCAGCGCAUAUCAAGAGACGUCCUCGGGCGCAUCAUACUACUCUACCAGCAGCAUUCUUAUAGUGUUUGGCCGGUUGUCAAUGCUCAUGCCCUGUUACAAGAUCUCGAUGAUAUUGAGCCGGAGAAGACGAACCAAGAGGUGGAGAACAUUGCUUGCUUGGCUACGGCUCUCUGCGCGGCCACAAUGGCCCAGUUGCAUAUUGCUCCGGUGGUGGAUGGAUCGCAGAUGGUGGAUAGUGGAGCUAUGGCACGGACAUGCUUACGGAUUCGGGGUAGUUGGGACAGUUACCGUCAGCAUCUUAAUCUCAGCGGUGUUCUUGUUUCGUUCUUUUUGCAUGUUUACCAUGCAAAGGCAAACCAGCGAAAAUUGGCUAUGAUGUACAUCCAAGAGGCUAUAUCCGGAGCGAGGAUUUUGCGUCUGGAUGAAGGGACGUCGCGGGAGAGUGACGAAUCCAGCUUGGGUAGUCAUCUUAUUGCGAACAAGGAGCUGGUUUUUCCACUGCUCUGGAUUUCCGAGAGAGGAUGGGCACUUCAUGUCGGUCUUUCGCCGUCAUGUAUCGACCCUCCCGUGCUUCCAGAUCUGGAGGACUAUCCAGAUGCCGAUAUCCAUGUGCAAGGGCUUCUAGACUUGGCCAGGCUUUUUAUUGCAUUCGAUCAGAUCUCGGUCCGCCGAAAUUCGAAUCUGGGACUCGCCUCCGCCACAGACCUGACAGAGACCGAGAAUAAGCUUUCUUCACUGCGUCUGAGCAUUUCUGACCAGGUCACGACCCGGACUGCAGAUUGCUACAUUACCCGAGAGUGGAUGAGAACUAUCAUCUGGCAGGAGGCCUUGUCCAGGGGCUUGCUCUCUUCUGCCUCCUUUGUAGAAGUCAUGACCUUUGGGUUCCCAGCUCAAGUUGGUCAUGAUUUACUUCAGGCGCUCAGGUGCUUUUCUGAGUUGGACUUGUUGCCACUGGGAAGAGACCAAGGUCAACAGCUGUUGAAAUGCUUCGAAGUCGCAAACUCGCUCGCAGAUACCGUCCUUCUCACACUCACACCCCCUCGCUCUCAUCCUGGAUUUGAAUUGGGCCCUGAGGACUUUUUGCAUGCGCUAUAUCAGAAGCUUUUACCGUUCCUAGAACAGGAUGAGGUGCUCAACUCUAUUCUGCGCAACAAAACGGCUGAGGUUUUAGUCAUGGCACCAGCUCGUUUAUUAACGAGACAGGUUGGUAAUGAUUGCUUCAAAUGGCAAAAGUUGGACAAGGAUAAGGGUCGAAUCAAUGGACAGCAGCCGCUGGAGGUAAAUUUUUUGUUUGGUGAUCUUAACGAACAAUUGGCAUUCUCUUCAGAACAACCAUAUCUGCAAUAA